AUGCCAUUCGACUUUUUGUGUUGUGUUAGACCUGGUGUAGAAGAUAUAGUGGAAUUAGAUUACUCUCACCAUUCAUUGACGGAUGUGCCGACGGAAGUGUUUGUCUACGAGAGGACUCUCGAAACGCUAUUAUGUCAAAGCAAUCGUAUCACCGAAUUACCGCGUCAGCUUUUUAUGUGUCAUGGCUUAAAGUAUUUAGAUCUGAGUGACAAUGAGCUUCAGGCCAUCCCCACAGCUAUAUCGUCGUUGGUUAACUUACAGCAUUUGAACCUAAGUAGAAACACCCUAGCAUCCAUACCGGAUAACAUGAAAUCAUUAAAAAAUUUGAUGUUUCUAGAUCUUAGUGUAAAUCCAUUAGAAAAAUUACCAGAAACCAUCACAAACUUAAUAGCAAUGCAAGAUUUAUAUUUAAAUGAUACAUAUCUAGAGUAUCUUCCUGGUAACUUCGGCCGUCUCGCAAAUUUACGAAUACUUGAACUAAGAGAUAAUUAUCUUAUGAUCCUCCCGAAAUCACUGUCAAGAUCAACUGACCUUUUAAGACUAGAUAUAGGUCAAAAUGAAUUUCAACAAUUUCCUGAAGUAAUUGGAAGAUUUUCCAAGUUAAAAGAACUUUGGAUUGAUAGCAAUAGCUUUACAAUAAUUCCAGCUGUCAUCAAGCCAUUGGACAACUUAGUACAUUUAGAAGCAAGCAAUAAUAUGAUUGAAGAGUUAGCACCUGAAAUUGGUUACUGCUCUCGUCUUGAAGAUCUCACUUUAUCAGUGAAUAGUCUCACACAACUUCCGGACACUAUUGGACAGUUAAGUAAUUUAACAGCCCUAAAGUUAGACAAUAAUAGACUUUACAGUAUACCAGACAGUAUAGGUCAGUUAAAAAAUUUAGAGGAGCUUAUGUUAAUGAGUAAUUAUAUAGACAAACUGCCAUCUUCCAUUGGUCUCUUGAGAAAACUACAAUAUUUAAAUGUCGAUGAAAACAUGUUAAGAGCUAUUCCUCCAGAAAUUGGAAGUUGUGUUAAAUUAUCUGUUCUGUCGGUCCGUUCUAAUAAAUUAACAAAAAUCCCACCUGAAAUUGGACAUCUUACUUCUUUGAGAGUUCUUAAUUUGGUUAGAAAUUCAUUGAGCUAUCUUCCCCAAUCCUUGUUGAAUUGUGAUAAUUUAGUGGCCCUUUGGCUCUCUGAAAAUCAAAGCAAACCAUUAGUGCCUAUGCAUUCUGAAGUAGAUCCAAAUACUUAUGAACAAGUUCUGACCUGUUUUCUCUUCCCUCAAGUGCCUUUAACUCCCAUAGACAUUAAAUUGGAGAAUGUGAAAUCAGAGGCACCAAGUGUUCCUCGACAUAUAAGCUUUGUGGACAUGAAACCAGCUGUAAAGAGCAAUGAAAAGCCUGGCCAGUUGAGACGAGCACCUACACCAUAUCCAAAAGAAUUAAGAGCUAUGGCAAAACAUGCACGAAAUAUUCAUAAAGACGGCACACAGGAUGUCCCCCCACCUAUGCAGAAUGCAGUUCAUAUCAAGGCUGCCAAAAUAACCCCAACAUUGCAACAGAGAUUUGCUUCUGAUAACAAAACUGAUAUAAAUAAUAUAAAUCCUGACAGUAAUGUUCCAGAUCCAAUGAAAGUGUCUGUCUAUGAUAAUUUACCACCUGAAAAUGCAUAUGACAAGCCCUUAGACCUAAACUACGAAGAGGACAAAACAUAUAAAAGUGUAGAUCAUGCUUUAUAUUCUGAUAAUAACACUGAAACCAUAUCAUAUAAGGAUGAAAAUGUGGACACUUGUGGAUUAGGUUCAUCACAUUAUACCAUUAAACAGAAUGAAAGAUAUUCCCCUCGGCAAGAAAUCACCAGAUCCAGUUCUUCAUUAGCGACUAACAAUUACAGAAGUCAUGCACAUGAAAAUAAAAAUUAUCCAAUGUCUGGUGAGCAUUCAUAUCAAUGUUCCGAUGAUACUUGUAAUCAGAUGCAAAGAUUAAGUGUUAGUGCUCAUGAAAGGCACUCUAGAGAAGAAACUAUUCUAAGUCCUCAAUUUCAUGAAAACCCAUAUGGUACAAGGUGUAGAAUAGAUAAUUUACCACAUUUUGAGCCCAUGUAUGCUAGGAAAGAGUCAGUAUGCCAUCCAGAAAACAAUUACCAUACUAAUACCUAUGCAAGCGAUGGCUUGCCUUGUGGUUCAGAAAAAAUUUAUCCCCCCAAAAACUAUGACGUAUUUAAUUAUCAUCCCCAUGUAGGUAGGGAUUUAACGGCCCCAAGAGUCCAUACUGUAAGUCAUAUGGUUAGUUCAACAACCAUGCCUAAUAUGUGUAAUUACAAUAACAUGUACCCCCCACCGAAUGUUGAUAGCAAUCAUUAUAAUGCAUUGCAUCAAACCGCAUCAACUAACUGUAACAUAUAUGAUAUGUCAGCAUCAAGUCCAACUUAUGUCCAAUCUCAAUCUCCGGAACUUUAUUCACCUACUGGUCACACAAAUGCUACAAAUCCAUAUCGCAUGACAAACACACCUCUCAUAUCGGACGAUGGUAGUUUUCCACAUGUACAACCUAUAUCUAGUCAUAAUAUGUAUGAGAUAUAUGAUGCUAUGCCAGCUUCAUCGAAUACACCUAGCGUUGUGAGUCAUCGACAUAGUCCUAGUGGACUUUCAGAGACUGUAUACAUGAGAGGUCAGCCCCCACCUUACCACAUUGCUGCUCCUUAUACAAAACAUGCUCAAUACUUUAACGGUACUGGGGGAUAG